CCUCCAUUGUGAAUGUCACAGGUCGCCCUCCUCACCUCUCCCUUCCGUGGGAGGUUCAAUCCCCGUACCGGAGUGGUAGUAAUUAGGUCUGGGUUGUGCCAUACUGCUUCGAGCGGUCUCCCUUUGUCUACCUACUCGAAACCGGCGUCCUCCACCUUGAGGCCAGAUGUGCUCCUUUCGAUAAAGGCAUCAAGAUUAUAAACCUUCCAAGAUGAAGGUCGCUUGUCUACAGUUUGCGCCCGAGCUGGGAAAGGUGGAAGAGAAUAUGCGGCGGGCGGACGCGAUUCUCUCCCAAACGGUUCUUCCGGCGAGACUGGACUGGCUCAUUCUCCCCGAAAUGGCCUUCUCAGGCUACAACUUCCACUCACUCUCAGAGAUAACCCCCUACCUGGAACCUACCACCUCCGGCCCCACUACUCAGUGGGCCAUCCGCACCGCCCUACAACACAACUGCCAUGUCACAGUCGGCUACCCAGAGACGAGCAGCACACCGGGCAAGGCCAGCACGCACUACAACAGCACCGUCACCGUCACCCCCUCUGGGACCGUUCUCCUCAAUUACCGCAAAUCCUUCCUCUACUACACAGACGAAACCUGGGCUGCAGAAGGCACAGGUUUCUAUGCGGGAAAUCUGGGAAGUCUGGGAAAGGUAUCCCUGGGUAUCUGCAUGGAUAUCAAUCCCUAUCGAUUCAUCACUCCCUGGGAUGCCUACGAAUUUGCUAGCAAAGCCCUCGAGGCGCAAACACCCGUCAUCUGCGUCAGCAUGGCAUGGCUCACUACGUUGAGUCCCGAAGAACUAGCGCAGGAGCCGCUACAGGCGGAUUUCACGACCCUGACGUACUGGGUUGAGAGAUUCCAGCCGCUGGUGGAGAAGAAAGCGUUGGAGCCUGUGUAUGUGAUUUUGGCGAAUAGGUGUGGGAUGGAGAAGGCGGCGUGCUAUGCAGGGACGACUACGGUGCUGAAGAUCGAGGAGGGGAGAGUCAGCGUGUACGAUGUGCUUGGGAAGGGGGAGGAGAGGUGCUUGGUGGUGGAUCUGAAUCAGACACCCAAAUUUCGAGUUAGAAGUGACUGAUGUGUCAUGGUAUGCAUCAUUGAUGCAGAGUUUCAAUCCGGAUGGCUGAGAUGUGAUAUAGAGGGGAUAGAAGAUAUCCACGGGCGCCGCAGGCGCUCUUGACGAAUUUAAGGCUUGUUUGAUGACUG